GAACGGAAGCAAGUCGUGCUGAGUCAUUAACAAAGGACAAAUAGGUUAUAUUUGUGCUAGGAGACAGUGUUACAGUCUGGACAGAGUUAAUAAAUUCCAGUAGGAGGAGUUAGUUAACAGUCGGGAGUUCAGUCAUUUAAUGGAUAGAAGAAUGUGUAUAGUGUCUCAAUUCUUCUUGGAAGGUGCGGCUCUGACUCAGAAAGUAGAUACAUGGUAAAGUAAUAAGCAUUGACAUUCAGGACUGUAUCUGAUUGAGGUGAACAGGCAGCGAGAGUGUCAGUAUAGCUGCAAACAGCAGCCAGAAAGUGUACAAGUACAGUAAUCAUUUCAGAUCUUUGGUGCCGAAAGUUGAAAGAAUUUGAAGUUGACUGAGUUCACGGCCAGCAAUGGAUCUCAACACACGAGAAAUUGUUUGUUUCUUAGUCCUUGUGCAAGGUCUUCUUCAACUAACCCAAGCAUUUAACAUUGACAUGAUGAAAGCCAAAACAUUUUCAGGCCCGCCAGAUGUUCUCUUUGGCACCUCAAUUCAGCAGUUCUCAAACCGGGAUGGUCAAUGGUUGCUAGUAGGAGCCCCAUGGAAUGGAUUUCCAGAGAAUCGCAUGGGAGAUGUCUACAAAUGUCCAGUUGGUGGCAACAGUGCAAGUUGUGAGCAACUUAACUUGGGAGAUAAAAUGAAUUUUCCAAAUGUGACAGAGAUCAAACAGAACAUGAGUGCUGGUGCCACACUUGUCAGGAAUGAUGAAACGGGUGGAUUUUUGGUGUGUGCUCCGAUAUGGGCGCAGAAGUGUGGCAGGCUGUAUUAUCCAACAGGAUUGUGCACAGACGUUAAUUCAAAUUUCCAAGUAUCAAAAACCUUCUCGCCUGCUAUUCAAUCUUGUUCAUCAGCCAUGGAUCUUGUAAUAGUGCUGGAUGGAUCCAACAGUAUCUGGCCUUGGGAACCAGUCCAAAACUUCCUUAAAAAAUUAACAGGAAGUUUAGACAUAGGUCCUAAGAAAACUCAGGUGUCCAUUGUACAAUAUGGUGAAGACGCAAUAAUUGAUUUCAAGUUGAAUGCUUACAAAACAACAGCUGAAGUCGAACGGGUUGCUGCAAAUAUUGCUCAAAAGCAAGGACAAGAAACAAACACUGCUGGUGGAAUUGAGUACGCAAGGAAACAUGCAUUCUCUCCUGAAAAUGGUGGACGACCAUCAGCAACAAAGGUCAUGGUUGUUGUAACUGAUGGCGAAUCUCAUGACAGUGCCAAGUUACCAGAAGUGAUCGCUCAAUGUGAACAAGACCAAAUAACCAGAUUUGGAAUUGCUGUUCUAGGUUAUUACAAUAGAGAAGGGAUAAACCCAGACAACUUGAUCAAGGAAAUCAAGUCUAUUGCAAGUUCUCCAAUAGACAAACAUUUUUUCAAUGUAUCCUCAGAAAAUGCCUUGAUAGAAAUAGCUAGUGUGCUCAAAGAACGAAUCUUUAGUAUUGAAGGUACCAGCAAUAAGAAUGAAAAAACCUUCCUGCUGGAAAUGGCAGAAGUUGGGUUCAGUGCGCAUGUUGUUCCCAGCCAGGACUUACUGAUACUGGGAGCAGUGGGAGCUUAUGAUUGGUCAGGCACAACUGUCCAUAAGUCAUCUGCCAAGACUACUAUAUUUUCCAAGAAAGUCUUUCAGGACAUUUUGCAAGACAGAAAUGACAGUUCAUAUUUAGGCUAUGCAGUGACAUCACUAGUAACACGAGAUUCCGUGCUCUAUGUUGCCGGAGCACCACGCUUUCAACACACUGGCCAGAUAGUUAUUUAUGCAGUGGGAUUAAAUGACAAAGUGGUGAUUAAACAGACACAAAAAGGAGAACAGCUUGGCUCAUAUUUUGGCAGUGUACUAUGUGCUAUAGACGUUAAUCAAGACUCCCUGACGGAUGUUCUAUUAGUUGGGUCCCCAAUGUUUAUGGGUCCGCACAAAAAUGAAGAAGGAAGAGUCUAUAUGUUUAAUGUCAAUAAGCAGGGAAACCUGGAAAAGGAUGGCAUCUUAGAAGGGCCAGAUAAUGGAAGAAACAAUCGAUUUGGAGCUGCUAUUGCUGCUCUCUCUGAUAUCAAUCUGGAUGGUUACCAUGAUGUGGCAGUCGGAGCACCUGUGGAAGAUGACAAUAAUGGUGUUGUUUACAUUUACAAUGGCUAUCAAAAGUUAAUCAAACGAAAAUAUACACAAAAAAUACAGGCUUCAAAAAUCAGCUCAGAACUGCAAUAUUUCGGGCUAUCUAUUGAUGGGCAGAAGGAUUUGAAUGGUGAUUCUAUCACCGAUCUGUCAAUUGGAUCCAUUGGGAAUGUUGUACAACUUUGGUCAAGGAGUAUUGCAAAUGUAAGUGUUUCAGUAACAUUUGAACCAACAAAACUCUCCCUUCUGAACCAAUCUUGUAUAAUCAAUGGAAUUAGUCAUAUCUGUGACAAAAUCAAAAUAUGCUUCCAAGCUACAAUUAAACCUGAAAAAAAACCUGGAUCAUCAAUUGAUAUUAUGUAUAGCCUAACACUGGAUGCAGAUCUCAAGUCAUCUCGUGUUAGCUCACGAGGAUUAUUUCAAGAAAACCAUGAUCGGGCUAUGAAGAAGUACAUUACAGUUGGGAACUCACUAAAUUGUAAUGAUCUCAUCUUUUAUGUCCAGGAUGCUGGAGAUAUUGUUAACCCAAUUGAUGUACGGUUAGACUUUGGUCCACAAAAGCUUGAAGCUGGGCCCUCUCUUGAUGUCUACACAGCAAGAUCCAGACAGUUUUCUGUUCCAUUCUCCAAAGACUGUGGUGAUGAUGAAGAAUGCGUAACUGAUCUUGUAAUUAAAGUUCAUAUGAUUAACCCCAGCAGCAGAACGGUGCCAUAUAUUGUUAGCAGCAAGAACAAACGGACAACCGUUAAUGUAGAAACAGUGAACAAAAAGGAAAAUGCAUUUAAUGCUAAAGUCAACAUACAGUUUUCUAAAAACAUCUUUUUUUCAUCAGUUGAUAAUGCUGCAGUUUCAUGUUUGAUUGUAGACCCCCAGUCAAUAUCUUGUGACAUUGGGCACCCAUUUCUACAAGGAGGAGAUAAGGUAUCUUUUGAUGUCAAUUUUGACUUCAACUUUAAUGAACCAAAGAGGGAUACAUACAUGAUCUUCCAUGCUGUAAGUGAGAGUAUUGAAAAACCAGAAACUGAUUCUGACAAUAAAAAGAGAGUUGAUUUUAAGGUGCAGUACGAUGCUGAAGUUCUCUUCUCAAGAGCCAGCAACAUGCAUUUCUAUGAAAUCAAUCCUGAUAAACAGGUUCCACAAACAAUCAAAGACUUCAAGGAUAUUGGUCCAGAAUACGUUAUUACACUCAAAGUCAAUACUGGACAAUUCCCUAUUCAGACAGUCUACGUUACUGUUAAGAUACCAGUAACCACAAAAGACAGAAGUCAACUUUUGUACCUCACUGGAGUAAACACGAUUCCGGAAAGCAACUUCAUUUGUGACUUAAAAGAAAAAGUAGAUUAUCUGGAUAUCAAACACUCACCUUAUUCCGCAAAUUUUAUAGAAGAACGUCUUGAAAAUGUGAAAGGUUUGAACUGUGAAAAUGCCAAUUGUGAAAAUUUUGUUUGCACAAUCAACAAUCUUGGAAAGAACAGAGAAUAUUUAAUCAAUAUUACAACAAGAAUCUGGGAGGGCACAUUUAUAAGUGCCUCCUUUCAAAGCCUAUCAUUGACUCCAUCUGCACAGAUUGCAACAGACAAGCAAUUAUUGGUCAUCAAAAAUAAUACAUUAACAAUCCCAGUUACAUUAAUCAAACCUGUAGAAAAAAAAGAUGUUCCCACAACAGUGAUUGUGGGAAGCAUCAUUGGUGGAUUACUUGUACUUUUAGCUCUCGUUGCUGCCCUGUGGAAACUUGGAUUCUUUAAAAGAAAAUACAAUAAAUUGACAAAGGAUGAAGAGGAUAAUGAUGACAAUGGCAAUGAUGAUCCUGCUGAAGAAUAAUGAAUUAUGGUCAAUUUCACUGUGAAUUGUACAAGUUCUGCUUAGACUGAACUGUUGAAUAUGACUGGUAGCAAGUGAUUAUGGUAGAUGUAUCCAUAUUAAGUCACUACCAAGUGGGUAUCAUUACAGAAAAGAAAAGCAUGAAUGCUGGAUAGAUUCAAUGUUUACAUUUUAUGGAGAUGUAAUUUCCACUUUUGGGGAAAAAAAAGCAAAUCUAAUUGCUUUUCUUUCUAUUUUUUAAAUGCGUUAAAAUGUCACUUUAAGUUGUGCUGUUUCAUUCAUAAAUAGUAGAUUAUGACUAAACAUGGUUAAUUUCCCAUGUUAACUUUUAGGAAUUUAAUAAUUGAUCGCUUCUUUAUGAUUUCGGAAUCAUCCAUGUCAAUGAGGCAGAGGGGCCACAAAGUUGGAUUUUUUUCAAAAUAUUCUUGAAUUUAACAUAAUGUGAUGAGAGUUGCUUAUGGUAUUUUGUGAAAAGUUUGGUACUGAGAAAGACAACAAAAUGUGCUGUACAACAAUACAGUAUUUUCAACACUGUAGUUGAUUGAGUUCGGGACCUCUCAACAAAAUUCAAAGAAAUACAACUUCCAUUUUAGGAUGUUCUAUCAUCUUCCUACCCAAACAUAACAGCCAAACAAUUAUUUUAUACUAUGGGAUGCUUUACUCUGUCAUUGAGAUACUGAGGGCACCUUUCUAUAUUUUUUAAACAUACCGUACAUUUAGCUGACAGGAAACCUUCCUCAUUAUGGUAAAAUUUCAAAGGAUUGCAGGCAAUCCUUCUGUAGGUUUCCCAAGUGCACUGUGACCAAGAUUCCCUGAUGCUAGUCAUCUUCAGAACAUUGUCCCCAGUGACUACUUUGCACCCAGGUAAAUAUUAGAAACAGAGAGAUGAUGAUUAGAACUAAUACUUUAAUAAUAAUAAUAACCCAAUAAUAGUACCUCAUAGGGCAUAUUGCAACAUUGAAUGUUAUCUUUAGACUGAAAGUUGUAUUGCCAUCUAAAACACUUUCAAAAUUAAUAUUUGCUUUCUUAUUGAAAUUUGUUUAUACUUCACUUGAAAACACCUCAAUUUCACAGUACUCUACAAAUGCUAGAUUUCAAUAUUACUAUUUUUGUCAGAGCAAUACUCCAUUAAAAUCAUGACAGUUACAUGGAUUUAUUAAAACCAACAUUUUGUUACAUGCAAAUUUCAGGUUAGUAAUACAUUACUAUGUAAAUAAGACUUACAAAAUACCUUUAGAAUAGUAUUAAAAUUUUAUUUUAACAAAUCUACGGGAAAUGGUUACUAUUACAAGAAUUCUCUUGGAAAAACUUUUCUAGUCAGGCAUGUUUUAAAUACUGUGAUUAGUAGAUUUUCUAUGCAUCAACUUUUCUACCACCAACAUUUAUAUUUGAAUUUUUGUUUCUUGAAGUGUUCAAAAACAAUACUGCCAAAAAAACUUUAGGAACAAAUGUGCUGAGCACUCUGGUGAUCUAUGUACAAGCUAGUCAUGGUGCACUCCUGGGACUUUACAUAAUGCACUGACGGGUGUAUGCUUCUAAUAUUUAUAAAGUGUUUCCCCCCCAAACUGUAUACUACUUUUUUAAAAUUGGAUUGAAAAGUGAAAAGGGUGUCUAGCUAUCCAUUGCCUUUGUUUUAUGUGAAAUGUCUGUAUCUCUAAAUUUAUAGCCUUUAUUAAAAAAAAAUUAACAAGUGUACAGCUUAUUGAGUAUUUUCACGUAUUCCCAAUAAUUAUUCCAUUGCAUGUUUGCCUGUUGUCUGCAGUUUCUUCUCCGAAUUCUGAACUAGGUGAAACGAGGAAUCUUGUAAUCUAAUGGUCUUCUGCCAUUUCUGCAAUCCAUUCUCUUUAUUUCUAAUGUAAUUUUGAAUACUGCAAUUUUAACAACAAAAUUAGUCUGUAUUUCUCCUUAUAUCUUGAAAUAAAGUCUCACAAUCCAAUCCUAUCCUUCUUUUUCCUCCUCUCUGCAUUGUGUAGUGUUAAGUGAAAAGCAGAGAAGCUAUGGAAAUCAAUGCCAAAACCUUAGCCCCAAGGAUCUUAAUGCAAUGUAGCCAUCCUUUGGUUUGCUGUAGAGCAUCAGAUGCAGUUAGUACAGCAGACUGAAACAGAAGGGAUGACGCUACCUUACCCAUAACGAAUUGCCAUAAUUCACUACCUUUGAUUACACACAUGCUGCUUCAUUGAGGAAGUGCAAUCCCUUGCAGUUUGCAUAUGGUGCUGAGUUAAGCAGCACUCACAAAGUGAUCUAGAAGCAGCCAAAAGAACUCUGCACCAGACCACAUGAUCAUUCUGCUCCCUUGGAAAUGGGAAUGAGUUAUAGUCUGCUCUUAGCAACCAAAAAACAAUCAUUUCCAUUAUGCCUGGCACACAAAUUGCAGGAAUUUGCAUUUAUCCCCAGCCCUUACCUGGAAGAAACUAGCCGUAACAGUUUAAUGCUAUGUUCACCUUGGCAGCCGCUAAAAAAAAACACACACACACACACACGCGCGAAGAGGAUAUAUUGGAAAAUAUUCAGCAUGUCAGGUAGCAUCUGUGGAGAGUGAAACAAUUUUUUUCCAGCAACUUCAAUGUUAUGUUGUUGUUUACCAGAAAUAGGGUCCUUUGCUUGCUCUAAAUUUGCAGUUCCAAAGAUUUCAGAGAGGUAAUUCUUAAUAAAGCAUAAAAAUGCCCACACAUUAUUCCAUGUUGAGGAUUAAGUUGGACAUUUGCUCCCUAUAUAGAGGUGAGUUCCUACUGAAAGCCUUUCUAACCCCUCUCCCUUCCAUCAGGAAUUCUUGAUCUUAGUAUUGUUGGAAACCACUGCUCAUUUUUAAUACUCUUUUAUAAGAUUUGUACUUUUUAACAAGCUCAUGUAUUUUUCACAGUAUGGGGUGGUUCACCCCCACUCACUGGCGGAAAGUGGUAUAGCAGCUAAACUAACAUUAUAUCACCUUUCUCAAUUUUAUUGGCUAAGUAUUAGCACAUUACCUACGUAAUUGUUUUAUUAUAUAGUCUAUUAACUAAUUUCUCUCUC